CAGUCAGUCAAUUGAGUAGCUUUGGGUAUCCCAACAGUACGUCUUGUGUGCCUCUAAGUCUGAAGUAGUUCGUUCGCUGUGGGAACGAUUUUCUUCAGCUUACCGCCAAAAGUUAUCAGCAAAAGUAUCAAAUUUGUACCAAUUACCAAAGUUUGUGCAAGAAGCUUCUGUUAAAAGUACUGUCCGGAGGAGAAGACAAUGGCUGCCUUUGUGGAACCUCAUUUUGACGCCUGGCAAGCGGCCGGCGGCAACUUAACCGUUGUGGACAAGGUCCCACCGGAGAUGUUGCAUAUGAUUCACCCGCACUGGAACCAAUUCCCACCGAUGAACCCACUGUGGCACUCAAUCCUCGGAUUCGCCAUCUUCGUUUUGGGAAUGGUCUCGAUGAUCGGCAACGGCUUCGUGAUGUCAAUCUUCACCAGCACCCCAAGCCUCCGCACUCCCUCCAACCUGCUAGUGGUCAAUCUAGCCUUCUCUGACUUCCUGAUGAUGUUCACGAUGGGACCGCCUAUGGUGAUCAACUGCUGGCAUGAGACCUGGGUCUUUGGACCAUUCGCUUGCGAAGUCUACGCUUGCCUUGGAUCGCUGUUCGGCUGUGCCUCGAUCUGGACCAUGACUAUGAUUGCGUUUGACCGAUACAACGUUAUUGUGAAGGGUCUGGCUGCCAAGCCUUUGACCAACAACGGUGCCAUGCUGCGCAUUCUGGGUAUCUGGGCAUUUGCUCUCUUCUGGACUCUGGCCCCAUUCUUCGGAUGGAACCGAUAUGUCCCAGAGGGAAACAUGACUGCCUGCGGAACUGACUACCUGACCCAGACCUGGUUGAGCCGUUCGUACAUCAUCAUCUACGCCAUCUUCGUCUACUGGACGCCGCUGCUCACGAUCAUCUACUCGUACACUUUCAUCCUGAAAGCUGUGUCCGCACACGAGGCUCAGAUGCGUGAACAGGCCAAGAAGAUGAACGUCGCCUCGCUGCGAUCGACGGAAGCCAACCAGACCAGCGCCGAAAUCAAGCUCGCCAAGGUCGCCCUGGUGACCAUCUCUCUGUGGUUCAUGGCCUGGACUCCGUAUCUGGUGAUCAACUUCACCGGUAUCUUCAAGGCUGCCCCGAUCAGCCCGCUGGCCACCAUCUGGGGAUCGCUGUUCGCCAAGGCCAACGCCGUCUACAACCCAAUUGUGUACGGUAUCAGCCAUCCGAAGUACCGCGCUGCCCUGUACCAGCGGCACCCAUGGCUGUCGUGCCAGGAUGCCCAGGAGAGCAGCCACGAUAACCAGUCGACUGUGUCUGGAGCCACCACCGCCACCGAGGAGAAGGCCUAAAUGCGCUACAGAACGUACACGGUUAAAUUAAAAUGUUUGGCGACCGAAAUAAUGCCUAGAUAGUUAAGGAAAAUAUAGCAAAGCAAAUAGUGAAAACUUUA